GAUGAGGUAUUAGAAAGGAGGGAUAAAAUAGUACGUAAUUUGGAUGGAGGAUAAAUAAGGGGUAUUAGGAAGGGUGGAUAAUGUAAAAAGCUGUCAAAUAACUAUUUUGCCCUUGUGAAGACCCAAACUUAAACAUGUAUUACUUUAUAUAUGUAUAAUUACUAAUAUAAUUAAUUUUUCAAACUUAAGCCAUAAUAUAUUUUUUUACUAACAAAUGUACUAAUUUAAUAAAUGAAAAAAUCAGUUUGAUUUGAAAAAGUUUGUGUUUUUUUUUAAUAAAAAUUCUAUUUAUUUUUAAUUUGUUGGAAAAAUACAUUGCUUGGUAGUUAAAAAUGUGUCCAACAAUUUUGUUAGGUGAAUUCACAUGUGCCGAACAUAUUUUUUUGGUGAAAAUAUGCCUAACUAAUAUAAUAAUUAUAUAAAAUAUAUAAAAUAUUGUCAUUUCAUUUUUUAAAUGUUUAAUAAAAAUACUUAAUAAUGGUUAAAGUAGGAAAUGUUAUCAUUUUUAAAAAAUGUUUAAUAAAACCGAAAUUUUAAGAAUUUUGUAAAAAAUCAAAAUUUAAAAAAUGAAUAGGUAGUAGAUGGUGGAUGGUGGUUGGAAACAUAUGGGUGUUAGUUGAACUCAUGUGAGGAGUAGGUUCAACAAAUAGCCUCCAAAUUUUCUAUAAAUAGCACUCAUUUUUCAUAUCUCAUCCCACAUCUCAUCUUCAUUUCCUAAAGUCGCAAUUUUAUUUUUUUCAUCAUUUCAAUGGCACGCCGGGCUUGGAGCGAGGAGGAGGAGGAUACAUUGUUGACAAACCUUACGAGCCUUGUCGAUCAGGGGGUUUGGCGAACCGACAACGGAGUGUUUCGCCCUUCCUACUUGGGAGUUCUUAAAAAUGAGAUGCAAGUUUCUUUCCCUCAAGCAGGUAUAAACGAAAUUCAUAUUGAAGAAAAGAUUAAGAAAUGGAAGCAUGAUUAUCGCAUACUAGACGCUAUGCUUAGGCGUCUUGGGUUCGGGUGGAAUCCAAAUGAAAACAAACUAGUGGUGGGAAAUGAAAUUUGGAAUGAAUUUGUCCAAAAUCACCGACAUUAGAGACAUUUUCGGGACAAGCAAUUUUCCCAUUUUAAUCGAUGGGCCUAUUGCUUUGUUUCUGAUGAGAACUAGAAGUUAGAAGUUGAAAGUGAGCAUUAGAAGAAUAAAUUGAAAGUUGUGAUAAUAAAUGGAUUGACGAAUAAAUUUUUAGCCUUCCUAAUGUAUGUAAAGUAUUUAAUUUUAUGUAUGUCUUGUGAAAUGAAUGAAUUUUCCUUUUCGUGGCUUCCUAAUUUGUUUUAUGUAUGUGUGUGAGGGUGCAUUUCCGUUGGUCCUCGUAUUGUAGCAUUGUUUUCAAGUGAAAAGGUGAA